UAUUGCGCUUUGAACCGUUUGUUUGCUUCCCACUGCACACUCGAGCAUCACGCUAUAUUGUUGACUUGUUUGAGUAAAUUGAAUUGUCAAACACCUAUCAAGUUGUCCUGAUACAAGACUUAAUUUAGCGUGUGAGUUUAAACUUAAGCCGCAUCUUCUGUAGUCACUUUUUGUCCUCUUUUGACUUUGUUGUCUUUGAAAGCAGCAGUCAUACCGUUUUAAUUUCACCAACGCCAAAAUCUCUCUGACACUCAUUGUACCACUUCUGUUUACGUGACAAGACUUUGUCCCAUGGCGGGUCUUUGGAGGUCUUAUCAGGUGCUGAUAGCCAAACGUCCAUGGACAAUGCAGAUUAUAACUGCUGGCUCUCUGGUGGGUGUGGGUGAUGUCAUUUCCCAGCAGCUGAUUGAGCGCCGUGGUCUGGCCAAUCACAGCGUGAGACGCACCGCAAAGAUGAUGAGCAUUGGCUUCUUCUUUGUCGGUCCAGUGGUCAGUGGAUGGUACAAGGUGCUGGACAAACUUGUUACUGGUGGUACUAAAAGUGCAGCUCUGAAGAAAAUGCUGGUUGACCAGGUGUGUUUUGCUCCGUGUUUCUUGGGUGCUUUCCUGGGAAUAUCUGGAGCCCUCAAUGGACUGACUGUGGAGGAGAAUGUGGCCAAACUCAAGAGGGACUACAUGGAUGCCUUGAUCUCCAAUUACUAUCUUUGGCCUCCAGUGCAGAUAGCCAAUUUUUAUUUCAUCCCUCUCCACCACAGAUUAGCUGUGGUUCAGAUCGUGGCUGUUGCCUGGAACUCUUACCUCUCCUGGAAAGCCAAUAAGAUGUGACGAUAUGUUCCAGAUCUUCCACUACCUCACACAGAUUUUUUUUAGUUUUUGGUAGUAGUUUUUUUUUUUUUAACAGUUUAUCUUUAUCAAAUAUACUCAUCCAGUUUACAUAGCAGCAUAAAGCUUACAGAUGUAGUUUGCACUACAAAGGUCAAAGUAGACAAUGUAAUUCAGACUUUUUAUUAACAUGAAAUUAAUGCUAUUGUAUUAUGUGAUUAUAGAUUAUAUAAAGAAUGUAUAUUGAUUCUAUGCAGUUGAUAUGUCUAUUUUACCAAAGUUUUGAUGGUGAAUUAUGCUUUAUCAAAGGUACAAUCAGUAAGAACAGCAGGACUGUAUGUUACAAAAUGUGACUCCAUUUUGAGUCAUUAUUUGGUCUUCUGUGGUCAUGUGAUGUUACGGAUGUGACAUCUCCUACUGGGGCAUUGAGAAGCAUAUUAAUGCACUAAUGUGUAUAAAAUACAUCUUUUACCAUUGCCUGAAUAUUCUUCAUAAAAAGCAUCACUCGUACCCUGAAUCUCUUUUGAGUUUUUUACUGGGUAAAGUGCAUGACAAAUUAAGACAUCAAAUAUGUGUUGUUGUUUUUUCAAUUUCUGUA